UUUAUUUAGGAAGUCAAAGCACAGUGGAAUUUCAGCACACCAAACACAUGCCCAAAUAAACGAUUCUCAUCCAGCUAGGCGACACCUGUAACAACGACGCGUGUGACUCAUAUCCGGGUCAUCGUAUCCGGAUCCUCCUGACUACAAAAACCAAACGAACCGCACCGAAAAAUUUCCCCCAAUUUUCAUCGAUUUCGUUCAAUCUCAAAAUCAUCGAAUUCAGCAGCGUCUUUGAAAUUCAUGUAAUAAUCUUCGAAUCCAGAACUCUAUUGGUUCAAUUCGUUCGUUUCUGUUUCGAUUGAUUGUUUAUUCGACCCAAUGUGUUGACCCCUAGGAAAUUCUAGGUUUUCGCUUUCGAUUUUCCGAUCUGUCCGAUUUCGCUGCUGAAAUCUGUUGUUGUUUUGGGUUUUCUCUUUCAAUUGUCGAUAUUCGUUGUUCCCCCUCUGUUAAUUGAUUCAGAAGUUGUAAUUUUAUCUGAAGAUGGGAGUGAAACGACCUUUCGAAGAGGAAAAUCUUCCGGAGCUUUCUUUCGAGCAACGUAUAGAAGAUCACAACAACAAGAAGCUGUCGUUUACCCCAGAGGAUUCGCCUUCUACAACUGCUCCAAGAUUUCAUUAUCCCGGCGAGUUCGAAAACUGCGUUACAGAUGGUGCGUGUAUAGUGGACAAAGAGUCAACGCCAAGUGCACCCUUAUCUUUGGCAGCUAGCAACGGCAAACAAGAAGAAGAAGAAGAGGAAGAAGAAUAUGCUGGGAAUAUUCCGGAUAUUGACUUCCGCACACCGUCAAUGCCACCGCCAUUACAGUUUGAGGACCCGUACAUAUACUUACUGAACACCCCUCCUAGGAAAGAAAUCCCCAUCGGACCAGACCAUCAAGCUGACGUCCCAGAGUGGGACCCAUUUGCUAGACGAAAAGACUUUUCGGAUGAGAGGGAGCAAGAACUGAUGGGCAGCUGUAUCGUUCGCCCGCCGGGGUUAAACAGAUCGGGCAGCACCGACCCGUUUGCGGCCGGGCGGGGCAGAACCGAUUGCAGCUGCAUGGAUGUGGGGUCCAUGAGGUGCGUGCAGCAGCAUGUACACGAGGCAAGAGAGAAACUACAAGAAACAAUGGGAGACGAGGUUUUCGUCAAGCUGGGAUUCUACGACAUGGGCGAGGAGGCGGCCAGUAGGAAAUGGACACCUGACGAAGAGCAGCUCUUUCAUGAGGUGGUGUUCUCCAAUCCAGGCGGCGAUUUCUGGAAGGUUCUAGGUUCGGUUUUCCCGAGCCGAACAAGGAAGGACUUUGUCAGUUACUACUUCAAUGUGUUCAUGCUGCGAAGGCGGGGGGCUCAGAACAGGUCGUUCAUGCUGCAGAUUGAUAGCGACGACGAGGAAGAGCAUAAAAGUGCGCGCGAGUUGUUCGGCGAGAGCAGGUCCUUGUUCGGUCAAGAUUCUGACGACGAAAAAGACAUGAAAGUUGACCGUGACGAGUACUUUUAUGUAGUUCAAGAUGAAGGAGAUGAAGUUGAGUCUUUGGAUGACGUGGACUUGGAUGUGGGGUGGGUGGAUGAGUACGGGCCCCACCCCGAAAACGUCGGUGGGGGUAAUAAGGAAGAUGAAGUUGGACAAGAGGGCAAGAGUGAGUGAUGAGAGUGACUUGUUUUGGUUAAUUCUCAAAUUUGGCUCUGUGUUUGUAUUAGUUUGUAUGAAUAGUUAGUAGAGAUAGAAAGAGAAAAAGGUUAAAGAAAAUUGCCUGAAAUCAGUCUUGUUCCAAAACCUAAGGGAAAUAUUCUGGGGACAAUUUAGGAAAUAGGAAUUUAAUUUUAUUAUGGGACCACCGUUCUUUUGUAGACCUGGGUUAUGAAAUAAAAUUAAAUUAUUUUUGGGGUGGAAUUUAUUAUUG